UACUGGUAUGUCAAAACAUAGGUUUUUGAAUGUUUUAGAAAAUAUUUAUAAGAAAAUGCAACCAUGUUUUGACACUAUUCAAGAAUACUGAAUGUCAAGUUGACACCAAACCGUAUGUACUGUUUAAGUUCUAUUCAAACUAAACUAUAUGAGACGGGUAGUAAACUAUAACGUUGGCUGUUGCAUUGAAUGAUGGAUAAUUUACCACGGUAUGAGAAGAUAGCAUAUUUAGGAGAAGGUCAAUUCGCUACUGUUUACAAAGCACGAGACUGCCGCACUGAAAAUAUUGUAGCUGUGAAAAAAAUUAAGAUAGGUAGUCGCGAAGAAGCUCAGGAUGGCAUUAACCGUACUGCACUGCGUGAAAUUAAGUUAUUGCAUGAACUAACGCACGAAAAUGUGAUUGGGCUUCUUGAUGUAUUUGGUCACAAAUCAAAUGUUUCUCUAGUAUUUGAUUUUAUGGAUACAGAUUUAGAGACCAUAAUUAAAGAUAAUAACAUCAUAUUAUCACAUCAGAAUAUAAAAGCAUAUAUGAUUAUGACGUUACGUGGCUUAGAAUAUUUACACAUGAAUUGGAUUUUGCAUCGUGAUUUGAAACCAAAUAAUUUAUUAGUGAACGCGGAUGGUGUACUAAAGAUUGGUGAUUUUGGCUUAGCAAAGUUUUUUGGUUCGCCAAAUCGAAUUUACACACAUCAAGUAGUCACACGUUGGUACCGUGCGCCAGAAUUACUGUUUGGUUCACGUCAAUACGGUACUGGAGUAGAUAUUUGGGCAGUUGGUUGUAUUUUAGCUGAACUACUAUUAAGAGUGCCCUUUUUGCCUGGCGAUUCGGAUUUAGAUCAAUUAACAAGGAUUUUCCAAGCUUUGGGUACACCAUCUGAAGAAGACUGGCCAGGUAUAACUAAAUUACCGGAUUUUAUGCAAUUUAAAGUAUGUCCGUCCAUUCCAUUUCAACACAUCUUUACUGCUGCAGCAGAUGAUUUAAUAGCAUUAGCAGAAAAGUUACUUGCUCUAAAUCCAUUGAAUCGGUGUACGUGCACAGAAGCAUUAAAAAUGAGCUAUUUUCAUAACAAACCGGCGCCAACUCCGGGAGAUAAGCUACCUUUACCAACAACUAAGCAGAUAGCUGAUGAGAAGCCUUCAUUAAAGCGUAAACUGAUAGAUGCUAUGGAUGGAGCGAGUAUACCUUCAAAGAAAUUAAUUUUCUAGUUUUAUAAGUUUGUUAUUUGUUUAUGCUUGUCAAAUAU